ACAAAAGCUUGUUUUCUAGGCCAAACUAAAUGACUCAAAAGUCUCGUUAUACUUUAAUAAAACUACUUUUUAACAAACAUUUUUUUGAGUCGCAUAAUUGCUUCGUGCAACUUUGAGGUCAUUUUGUUAAUUGUGUCAUUGGUAAUCGAGUACUUUGGUCUCGCGCUGGGUUUGAGUUUCUUGUGCGCGUGAACAACGAGGGGAGAAAGUCUCCUCAGCGCAGGUGUAACGGUUAUCGUGUAAAUAAGGUUUGGCUGUCACGAGCUACAUGGACAAUACGAAUUCUCUGCAUUCAAUCUAUUACUCAUGUCGGCUGUUUCUCAACAAACCACACAGAUUUCCACAGUGACUUUGCUUCUUAGGCCAAAGAAACAAGUAUGCGGGACCGGUGUGUGCACAGCUGAUUCCAACUAUCACUCACGCCACCGGCCCCACCUCAUGGCUCUCCCGCCUUCCUCACCACAAAUAUCAUCUAUAUGUGCCUGGAGCACUAACCACUGGGCUACGACUCUGUCAUAUAUUUCUAAGAGUUUGAUCCAUGUACAUUUAGUUGAAUCAGGGUUGGGGUGCCGUGGGAGAAAAACAAUAAAAAUUGAUGUCUUGCUUUCAAAAAGUUUGGGAACCACUGGCUUAUAUACAUAUCUGUGUGAGUCAAAAAGACGUUUCAAAAGCUACUUGAUUAAUCUAAGUAACUAUAACUGAAAUAGAUUCAGCCCUAAAAUUCUGUUGUUAUGUCACAUAUGUUUAAUUGUAUGUUGAACUCUGAAGCACAAUUUUAUUAGUUCAGUCUAUCAAAAGAAAAUUAUGAUGUCAUGAUGCAUUAUAACAGUGGAAGGUGAAUGGGUUGGUCAGUCUGAUUCAGACUCUGUAUAAAUGUGAGGACAGUACAGAAAUCAGAUCAAACUCCUCACAGGAGGACGACACUCAUGGCCAAUGAGACAGAAGAUCAUGAGACUCAAUACUGCUUUCCUGCUGUUAACUCAUCGUGCAUCAAGACCAAACGCUCCACACUUGAAUCCAACGUCAUGUAUGUGUCUUUUUCACUUCUGUCUGUAUGGACCGUGUUUCUGAACCUGCUGGUGAUCAUCUCCAUCUCUCACUUUAAGAAGCUUCACACUCCAACCAACCUGCUCAUCCUCUCUCUGGCUGUGGCCGACAUGCUCGUGGGACUCAUCGUGAUGCCUGUAGAGGCCGUCAAACUGAUCGAGACCUGCUGGUACUUUGGAGACAUUUUCUGUGGACUGUUUUUAAUCAUCAUGGGACUGCUCCUCUCAAUGUCUUUUAAUAAUCUUAUACUUAUUGCUAUUGACCGUUUUAUUGCUGUGUGUUACCCUUUACAGUAUGAACGAAAAAUAACGACAUCUAAAACUUUAAUUUCCAUCUGUUUCUGCUGGUUUUUCUCCACAGUUUAUAACACCGCAGUUAUUGCUGUCAACAAAUAUAUUAUCACCUCGAACAGAACAGAUGGGUGUUAUGGAGAGUGUACCUUUGUAAUGGGUUUUGUAUGGGGAGUCGUUGACCAGAUUGUGGGUUUCUUUUUGCCUUUUAUUGUGCUCUUCACUUUCUAUCUGAGGAUAUUUUGUGUCGCACAACAGCAUGUGAAAGUUAUAAACUCUCUGAUAAAGAGUGGAAAACAUCUAACAGAAGGUUCAAUAAAAAGGAAGUCAGAGAGUAAAGCUGCUCUUACAUUAGGGAUCAUUGUGCUUAUUCAUCUUCUCUGCUGGUCAGGCUAUAUUUUUUAUCUUGCAGUGAGUGCAGAUGCCCCCUCUGUCUUAAACUCAAUGAGCUGGACUGUUUAUUCUAGCUCAGGUUUAAAUCCUCUUGUGUAUGCUUUAUUUUACCCCUGGUUUAGGAGGGCAUUAAAACACAUCUUGACUCUUAAAAUAUUCAGUCCAGCAUCCUCUCUGGUUAAUAUUCUUGCAGAUCAUCAUUCAUAAGACGUCAGUCCAGUACUGUUUUUUUUUGUCAUCUGUUAAACUAUUCAAGCAAACAGAGCUAAUUUUAGCAAAUAAAUAUAUCUGUAUAUAUAUAUAUGCUGGUCUAAUUUAUAACAAUUACUUGUUUAUUGAGUCCUUCUUGUCUCUAUCUUUCUCACAGUGUCUUAUAUGUAUCUCUGUAUUUGUAUUAUUUAGUAAACAAUUAAAAGCAUGACCAAACCCCUUAAAGAAACCAAAAAUGUUAAUUCUGUCAUCAUUCACUUGUCUUGUCUUUUCAAACCUGUUUGACUUUCUUUCUACUGCACAACUCAGAAGAAGGUAUUUUGAAAAAUGUUGUUAACUGACCCUUAUUCACUUGCAUUGGUUUUAUGUCCACACAAUAGAAGUCAAUGGGGUCCGCUGCUGUUCGGGUACCCAACUUUCUUGAAAAUACGAGAGUGUGUAAAUGAUGACAGAAUUGUAAUUUUUGUGUGAACUAUCACUUUAAAUGUGGGGCCACAAAAGUAUGCAUGCGCAGUAAUGUUUAUUUAUGUUGUUGCUAGUAAAACUUACUUCUGAUUAGAAUAUACUGUAUACGUUAUGAAAGACAUAUACCUUAUUCAGCAAUUUUGUAUAUACAAAUGUUAAACUUAUAAAAGGCAUUAUAUAUGUAUUAAUGCAGUAGCAUGUCAAGAUAAUAGAGGUUCUCUGACCUCAGGAGUCUUGAAUCUUGCAAUUUGUGACUUAAUUUGGCCUAUAAAAUCACCAAAAUCACCAAAGGUUUGUUCUGGCUAUUAUUUUAUUCACAUGAACUUUAUAGUCACAGUUGAGUCCUUUUGUGUAUAAGUUAAUUUAAAUUAAAUGUUAAAUGAGUUAAAUGUCAAUGAAGCACAUAUCUUUUACCAUUGAAGAUUUCUUUGGUUUUAUUGUCUCACUCUUUUGUCUUUGUGUCAAUGUUUGGUAGAUCACAGAUGUAUUCUCUUACAAAAUCUGAACGAAAUAACAAUUUAUGUGUGUUUAUGCAAACUGUUUGUGUUGUAUUUUACUGGUUGGUACAAUUAUCUCACCAAAUUAGUUUUUUUAACAAAUAACUAUGUUUAUGCUAUGAGCAUGAAUAAACAAAUCAGAUGUCAAACAGAUGUGUGUUUAUGUGUUAGCCCUUAAUGC